AUGGACGGGGACAUUGAUAUCUUUUCAGAUCUCAUCAACCUUGACGGAAUUCCGUCAAGCUACUCUACCAUUCCAGAAUCCAUUCUUGAGACGGAGUUGGCUUCUCAGUUCGAUUCUGUUGACGAGCCUCCAGACACUACUACUACCAACAUCACCAGAGACAGCCCAACCCCAAAGAACGAGGGCACUGUGACCACGAGCAACGUUGACGAGGUACCCGGCAGUCUAGAGUCGCCACCACUGAAUGCAAGCGUCUCAGGCGAGGAUCGAUCUCUCGCACAGCAGGAGAGAAAACGUCGACGCCGGCCCAGCUCGCCAAAACCGAACUAUCAACAGCAAGUUGCCAAGCACAAUUCCAAACGGAAGCGAACCGGUCAGGCUUGUGAUCGGUGUAGAUGCCGCCGUUACAAAUGCGACUCCCGUGCCAACGGCUGUCUUCCAUGCGUCACAGCCAACGUACCAUGCCACGUUACCGACAGCGUCACCGGCGAGACUUUCGUGCGCGGUGCUGCGGGCCGUAUGGCAGCUGAGAUCGAGAACCUCAAGGCAGCCGUUGCUAGGCUUGAGCAAGAGAAAGAACAGCUUCAGCGUAUUCUUCACUGUUCGCCUUUGCAAAUGCGCCACGCCCAGGUAUUCGGCAGUCCCGUGGCACCGUCAGCUGUGACCCUGAGCAUGCAAUCUCAGGUCUUGGCUCAGAAAGAGCAAAUCGACAUGCUUAGCCGGGAGGUUGAGCGAUUGCGUAAUGCGAACCUUGGCCAGGAGAUCGAAGAAUGGUUCGAGAGCACUGGAGACGCCUGGGACUCGGAGGCUUUGGACCCUGAGGAUGGCAACUCAGCCAUGUUCGCGUCACUGGGCCUCUUACGGCGCCGGGAAUUAGAGGCUUUGGCAAGUCAAGAAGCCUCUGCAAAACCUCAGAGUCCAGCCCACUCUACGGCUCGCUCAGGUCAUGAUUGUGCAGCUGCAGCUAAAGAGAAGCCUGAUGACCUGACCUCGGGCAAAGCAUCGAAUACCAGUGGAAGCAACGCCGAAGUACCGCCACCAGCCAAGGAGAUACGCCGCGGAUAG